AUGCCUAUACCUGAGAACACCCCACGCCUCAGAGUCAUCAUCAUUGGCGGUGGACUGAGUGGUCUAACAUUAGGUCAACUUCUUACCGAUGUUCCGAGCAUCAAAGUUACGCUCUAUGAGCGUAGUAGAGGCCCAGUAGACCGGCUCUCGGGAUAUCGGGUUAUGUUAUCUUCUUUUGUUCUUCGAAAUUUAAAAGGAAAACUUCAACACGAUGUGUGGCAGGAGAUUGCGCCCAGUAUUGGUGUCCAACCAGGCGGAGGUCAGGAGAUGAGUUUCGUGAAGAGCACAGGCGAUCCAAUAUUCACGUGGCUACCAGCUGAGAUACAAGAUGAAUUUUCUGUAUCGCGCUGGCGUCUUCGAGAAGGCCUGUUGCAUUGGAGCGAAUCUUUUGCGCGAUUUGGCAAAAAGUUUGACAGAUAUGAGACACUGCCGAACGGAGUAGUAAGGUGUCACUUCACGGACGGGUCGAUAGACGAGUGCGACUUAUUGGUUGGCGCCGACGGUAUAAAUUCUAGAGUCAGAGCACAAAUGUUUCCGAAUUCCAGGAUAAGGCCUAUCGAUGUGGCAGUGAUAUACUUCAAGAUCCCGUUGACUCCGGAAACAUUUAAACUGGCGGGCUCACAUAGUGGAGUUAUGGCCUUUUGUCCUGGGAACCAGAAUAUUUUGGUACAUUCAUGGCAAAAUCCAAUGAAGCCUUGGGCUACAGAUUAUACAGCAGACGAUAUCGAACCCUGUGAAUCAUUUAUCAUGUAUGGCUACGGCAGUCCAGCGAGUGCCUUUAUCAAUAAAACCAAACCACCAGAAGAAUUAACUCCAGCCGAAUUGAAGGCUGAGAUUAUCAAUCGUUCGAAAGCCGACAGCAACAUACAUUCCAACUUUCUACAACUAGCUGAGAUGUGUUUGACAAACACUGUGUAUCUCCACAUGGUGAAGAAGUGCGAUUCCGUAAAACCGUGGGACUCAACCAACGUUACAUUAAUUGGAGAUGCAGUUUUUAAUAUCAUGACUACCUUGGGAAAGGGAGCCAAUUGCGCUCUUCUUGACGCUGUUUCUCUCGCCGAAACACUCUCACCCCCCUCUUCGCCACAGUCAACGUUUCAGGGAGAAAAUAUCCAGCUCACCUCAGAUUAUACGCCUCGACCUCGGCAAAAGCAUGUAGGCACAGUAGAGCUUCGACCAGCGCUUCGAACUUUUGCCGCGGAGAAUGUCAAACGUCGCCACCGGGAGCGACAAAGAAGUGCAUUCCUUCAGAAUCUGGUAUACUUUGGUGAUAACAAAUUCAAAGAAUACUGCAGGGAAAGAGUGCUGAAGAGUGCUCUCGGAUGGGUUGAAGGAACAAAAGGGAUGAAAAAGGAACAAUAUGGUGCAAGAGGCGAAACGAGAAAUGUUGGUGGAUUAUUAUCCCCGGACAUAGUACCAAAUGAUAACGUUGGAAAUCUUGACCGUGCCGAUGUGGAAUCAAUUAUUGAAAGACAGAGUUUCCUAGAAAGAGGCUGGGGACUUGUAAGGCCCGAUGAGUUGGACUCCGAAUGUAGACAACGCCUGAUCUUGGCAGGCUGGGGGCAGGGGAAUAUGGUUGGAUUGUUUGGUCCUGGUAUACCCGGUUAUGGCGAGUUCAUGACAUAUGACGGAUAG